UUCUCAAUUUUGACAACCGAUCGGACGCUACUUCACACAACACACAUACAUAAACAAAAUACUUGUCUUUUGCAAAUUUAUGUUUUUUCACAUAUUUUGCUGUCUCAGUAGGUCAUAAAUCGAUUAAAUUACAUUAAAAGAUGGCGGGAGUAGACGUAAUCGUGGAAGAAAAGAAAGAAGACUCCGUGGAUCGUCAAAAGAUCUGCCCAUUUUUACUGAGAGUGUUUGUCUCCUCCACCGGUCAACACCACAAACAAACGGAAUACCAUAGGGGCAACACACCUAACAACGAACUGCAAAUUUACACUUGGAAAGAUGCCACUUUGCAUGAACUCACCCAGUUGGUGAAGGAAGUGAACCCCGAGGCGAGACGGAAGGGCACUAAGUUCAGUUUUGCCCUGGUUUAUCCUGAUAUGCGAAGCCCUAUGUAUAGGAUGCGAGAAAUCGGUUCGACAACCACCGGGAUAAAGGGUCCAGAUGACCUUAAAACUUUAGGGAACUAUAGGAUAACCAUCGGUGAUUAUAUGGAUAUUGCCAUCACUUCACCUGAUAAUUGGAACUCAGGAAGGACUAAAGGGUUUGCUGGGGGUAGAGCUAGGCCCUAUUGAUUUUGAUACAAUCACUUUCUUUUUAAUUUAAUAACAUAUUUUUAAGGUACUUAUCUUUUGUCGCAGAUUUUCUUCUUAUGUAUAAAUAAAGUAUCUGCAUA